UUAGUAUUAUUAUUAUUAUUAUUAUUAAAUGAAUAGAUGAAUCAUCCAUCCCACAAAAUUUUUUUUUUUUUUUUUAAAUUUAAUCAUUACUUUUAGGUAAGUGGAAGGACCAAGUGCAUUCGGUGGGCUGCACCACAUUCCACUCAACCAUCUACUUUUUUGUUUCUUUGUUUGUUUAUUUAUUUAUGUUUUUAUUUUAUUUUUGUAUAUAGCAAUUUAUAGGAUUAGAAGAUUGAAAAAGUUAUGCCAAUUCACCAUUAACUUUUAAGUAUAUUAUGAUAAUCUCUUUAAUAGUUACUUUUUGUCUUUUUAUUAGUUUAAUUUUAAACUACGCAUGUUUGUUGGUGUAAAGAUUUUUCUAAUCUUUUUCUUUAUAGAAAAAAAAAAGUUUAUCUAUGACAUUUAUCUUUUAAAAAGUUUUAACAUAAAAUUUCUAGUUGACUUUACAAAAUUCUUGGAGGGGAGGAUCAUAAUUUUGAAAGAUGUAGAUUCAAUUUCAAGAAAAAUGAGUUUGGUUAAUUUUUUUAAAAUUUCUAUUAAAAAAUUAAAAUGAUAAUAUUUUGUCGAAUUCUUGAAGACAUCUUAAAGAAAGAUUAAAAUGAAUGCAUGCCCUAAUUGAUGAAUUUUUUUCGAUUAUUUUAUGAAAUUACAACUCUAAAUAUUGGAGAAAUACAGUAUAAAACAUUGUUUAAAAGUCUUAGUUUCUCGAAACAAAUUUUAUUUAAACAAUGAUUUCAAUUCAAGAGAUAAAACUUUGGAUACUUCUUUCUAAACGGGUGUCGUAAGGUGCUGUUUACACUUUUCCUAAACACAAACGACUCUUGAACUUAAGUUUAGUUUUUGCUUAUCAUUAUUAUUUUUAUUAAUUAAAAUAUUGUUAAAACUUUAUUUCGAAAUAUAAUCAUACCGCAGAAGAAACUUGUGUUAAUUCCUUUCUUAGUACAAAAUUAACCCUAGUCAAGGACACCGAUUGUCACGCCAUGGUUAGAGAAAUUUUUUUAAAAUAAAAAAACCAAUUGAAUAUCACAAAGAUCCACAUUUAGAAAACAUAAACAUGACAAAAAAAAAUAAAAACCAAUAGUAAUCAAACUCGGUAAUAAUUUAAUGCAAUUUUUCAAAACAUGUGUUCAGACUUUUCACACAAGAACAUGCUAUACUUUUGAAAAGUGAAUUUGGUUAAUCAUGGAAUUAGCUUUAGUUGGUGCGUGCUGGUUGAAUUUUAUGAAUUAAAUCAUAUAGUAAUGAAACAAUAAUUUAAUGACCUAGUAGAAAAUUUGGAAUGAUUGAAAACAAAAUUAAGAAUUGAAUAAUGUCUCCAUUUCUAGUAUUUUCUAAUUUCUCAUCUUCUUCUUGCCUUCUUCUUAUAAAAAUACAAAACAAUCAACCCACCAAAAUCAUUCUCUUUUUCCUUUCUCCACUGCCCCAUUUGCUCCAUCCCCAUCCCAUCAAAAAAGAUUGCCACACCUCCGGCUAGAAAUGGCUUCCUCCGACAACGACACCGCCGUUGAACAACAAAAUUACGCUAAUGCAGCAGAGCUCGUUACCUUAUCAGUCCUACCAAUGACACUCCAAGCAGUGUUUGAGCUCGGUGUGUUCGAGAUCUUGGCAAAGGCUGGGGACAGGGAGCUCUCUCCAGCAGAGAUAACGGCUGAGAUAACCACGACAAACCCCUAUGCAGCGUCGAUGAUUGAUCGGAUGUUGAGGCUUUUGGCAAGCCACUCGGUGGUGGGAUGCUCUAUAGCGUCCGAUGAAGAUGGGAAUGUGCAAAGGUUUUAUAGCCUUACGCCAAUUUCUAAAUAUUAUGUUCGAAAUGAAGAUGGGGUCUCGUUGGGUCCUAUUUUAUCGUUGAUUCAAGACAAAGUCUUUCUCCAAAGCUGGAGUGAGUUAAAGAAUGCAGUUAUCGAAGGAGGAGUUCCUUUCGACCGAGCUCAUGGCGGAGUUCAUGCAUUUGAAUACCCUAGUUUGGAUCCAAGAUUCAACCAAGUAUUCAAUAUUGGAAUGAUAAAUCACACUACAAUGUCCAUAAAAGAAAUUGUCAAAUCAUACAAAGGUUUUGCAAACAUCAAGCAAUUAGUUGAUGUUGGUGGUGGACUUGGGGUCACCCUUCAAAUCAUUACUUCUACCUAUCCUUCUAUCAAAGGCAUCAAUUUCGACCUACCUCAUGUCAUUCGUGACGCACCUUCUUAUCAUGGUGUAGAACAUGUGGGAGGAGACAUGUUUGAGAAUGUUCCAAAUGGAGAUGCCAUUUUCAUGAAGUGGAUCCUACAUGAUUGGAGUGACGAUCAUUGUCUAAAGUUGUUGAAAAAUUGCUACAAUGCAAUUCCGGAUGAUGGAAAGGUAAUCAUAGUAGAGUGUGUGUUUCCAACUGAACCUGAAACCACAACCGUAACAAAAUCAAUAGCCCAAGGUGAUGUGCUGAUGAUGACUCAAAAUCCAGGAGGAAAGGAAAGAACUAGAGAUGAAUUUAAGACCCUAGCAACCAAAGCUGGGUUUAAACAUCUCAUAUUCCAAUGUUUUGUAUCUAAUCUUUGGGUUAUAGAGUUUCUUAAAAAUUAAUUUAUAUUUAUUUCAUCCACCAUUGAUAGGUUUACUUUUGUACUUGAAUUUCUAUAUUGUUUUGGUUGCUAAACUUUAUCUCUAUCGUCCAAAACCUUGAAUAAAAAAGUUAUUAUUAUUAUAA